CUUCACCGCCUAUUUUGGAUAAGGCUAAGCCCGACUGUCGUUGCUGGUAGGAUUCGCGCACCGCGUCCUUUGUUUUCCACUGCUUACCGUGAAGGAUCAAACGCCUUGAGCCGUGCCGCAAUUGACGAAUAACCGGCGCCGAUCUCGGAAUAAUCUGAUUGACUCACAGGCCUAACCAGCUAUCUCGUAUACAUGGCCCAAAAUCAUCUAGAUAAAAGCGCCAUGUUUCUACUGGUUUUCGGAAGCCUCACCAUCCAUUGGCUUCGCCAAAAUGUCCACCGUUCCACCGUCAACCACUCCUCUGCCUGUCCAACCGCCAUCGACAUUGCAGCCGACCGAUGAAGAAAAAAAUGAGCCUCAAUCUUCGCGCGGCGUGCUCAAUGUUGAGGAAUCGGUCGAUCCGAAUGCUCGACCUGCUGUAUUCCGUUCAACAGCCCAGGAGAUACUGUUCAUCUUCAUAGCGACCAUGAGUGUAGCAAUGCCGAGUCUGCUGCAAGGAACCACAAUGGUCAUCACUUCGUCCAUAAGACGAGAUCUCUCCAUGACCACUGCUGAAUUGACGUGGAUGACGGCGGCUUCAUCUCUGACUUCUGGCUCUUUCCUGCUCUUCUUCGGAAAAGUGGCCGAUUUAUUCGGGCGAAGAAGUAUACUGCUUGUUAGCCUCGCCAUCUUCACCGCGUUCGCGCUCGGUACUGGCUUCGCCCGCGAUGCGCUGACUCUCAAUGUCUUGAACGGCAUCAUGGGCCUCACUUCAGCCUCCAUCAUACCCGCUGCUCAAGGCAUGCUUGGAAGCAUCUACGACAAGCCAUCGCGAAGAAAAAACUACGCGUUCGCCUGCUUUUCCUCUGGAAAUCACCUUGGCUUCGUGUUCGGCUCGCUCCUCUCGGGAGUCUUCUCUCAGCUUUUUGGGUGGCCUGCAUCGUUUUGGAUGCUCGCCAUCAUGUACCUCAUUGUGACCAUCAUUGCCUGCUUCACUGUUCCCGCAGACGACACAGAGAAACUACCUCUCACGUGGAGCUCGCUGAAGCAGUUCGACAUCGGCGGUACUAUCCUGACGAUUGGAGGCAUCGGUCUCUUCACCGGUGGAAUCAGUAUCGGCCCGGACGCACCUCAAGGAUGGAAAACACCCUAUGUCCUUACGUUCAUCAUAGUCGGCUUCAUGAUGAUGGUCACGUUUGUAUGGUGGGAAAACCGCUUCCCGUUUCCUUUGAUGCCAAUGAAAAUUUGGCGGGAUAGGGAAUUCUCUCUGCUCCUUGUGAUCCUGCUAUGCGCCUUCAUAUCGUUCCCAGCAUUGUUUUUCUUCGCAGCGUUAUAUCUUCAAGAGCUGUUUCAUUACUCUGCGCUCAUUACAGCAGUCUGUCUUUUGCCUGCGGCGGUCAGCGGGGUCCUGGUGAAUAUCUGUGCCGGGAGUUUACUGCAUAGAGUUUCGAACAAAUUGCUGAUGGGUAUCGGAGCUGCCGCGUUCACCCUCGCCUUUCUCCUCGUGGGCGUCCAGCGAUCGGGCAGCUCGUACUGGGCGUUCACGUUUCCAGCAUUGGCAAUUGUCGUCAUCGGCACCGACUUCGAAUUCAACGUCGUGAAUAUGUACGUUGUGUCAGCCUUGCCCAAAAAGCAACAAUCCAUCGCAAGCUCCGUCUUCCAAACAACCAUCAAGCUGGCUACCACUACCGGGCUUGGAAUCUGCGCGGCGAUCUUUUCGAGCGUCUCCGCGAAUCCUUCGACCAGUGGGUACCUUGCGAAUGAUCCGUUCGAGCCAUAUGCAGCCCUGUUUUGGUUCUCCACUUCACUCAGCUUUGCCAGUUUGCUGUUGGUGCCGUUCUUGAGGAUCAAGACGCAAGGCCACGAUGGUCAUGAGCAGGCAUCUUUUGAUGAUUGGGAUUAG